ACUGGAUUGAAACUGGUAGGCUACCAGUUUCAAUCUCCUUUACCAAACAAUCUGUGCUCAAAAGACUGUCUUUCUUUCGCUGUACUCCCUUUCUCUUUUACUUUCCACAUUCACCUGAAUUUUGCUUUUUGUUUUCCUUGUUUUUUCUCUAUGCUAUCUAAUACGAACCAGUUUAAUUAUCAUUGGACAGAUUCCAGGAUAUUUAUGGGAUAAUUCUUUAAUUAAAUAAAGAUGUGACCAGCUUCAAUAACAUAGGCUCCCUCAUUUUUGGAUAAUCAACAUCUUUCUGUUUUUGGUAUCAAUAUCACGGUUCAAUACUAAAUGUAGCCAUUGGAUUGGUUUAUUGUGUUCACGGAAUAACCAUUUCUUUGGCUUCAACAACUAAUGCAAAAUACCCUAGUCGGUCUUGGAUAUUUCUCCUAACAAACAUAUUUCAACAUAAUGAAGUGCAAAAUAAAUUCAGGAGAUAAAUCCAGGCUAACUCGGACCUCAUCCACACGAGCCACUAAGUCUAACAUUUCCUCAAGUGCAUCAUCUUCUCAUCCCACUAAUUUCAAAAUUAAAUUCAAACAUGGUUUAAGCCUAAACAGCGACUCUUCUAAUCAUGGGAGUCGAACGCAAACAAGAUCUUCGACAUCUUCAACUGUAUCGACAUCUAAAGGGAAAAGUGAUAUAAAAAAUAAUGAUCACACUAGAGCUGCGAUACGCGAUGGUAGCAAAGAAUCGAAAAAGCCUAAAGAAGAUGUCCAUAAAUGUAAAUGCAUUUGUUCAAACUGUGGAUUAUCUGUCAAUGAUUCAGGACCAGAUGAUCGAGAUGUAUCUACGAUAAGAGAACCCAUAAACUUGGGUACUAAUAAUGUUCGUCAAAUCCUUCAAUGUGUUCAUAAUGGAACUCCUGAGAUCAAAGAUAUCAUUCUAAAUGAGUGUAAUAUAAUUUAUGAAUGUCGAAUUUGUCGCAAUUUAUUCCGAAGCUUGGCCAACCUGCUUUCACAUAAAAGAUUCUACUGUAAAGAUCAUCAAUGUGAAAACAUGUUACUUUUUGAUGAUAGCUAUUCAGAUAGAUUACUUGGUAACUAUACUAUUGGAUCAAAAACACAAACAGAUCAAAAUACAGCGUCUCACAAUAAACAGUCCGGAAGUAGAGAUAGUCGUCCAAUGGCAACUAAAACUUCAACUGAACAAAAAGAGACGUCCUUCAAUUUUUCCGAUAGUGAACAUUCUAAGCAGUUAUUAAAGUCAUCUGAAGAUAACGUUGCUUCAAGCAACAUUCAACCUGAUAAACUAGCUGCUAAACGGAAACAUCUAGAGCUUUGCGUCAAUAAAUUGUUGCAUGAAAAGCAAUCCUCGAAGGUUGAAUCAUUAGUUCAUCUGACUGAAAUUUCUACAACAAAAAAUGCUGUUCAUCAAAUUUAUGAGACCAAGCCUAAAGAAUCUGACAGCAUCGAUAACUACGUUCAUAAUAGUCGUUUUUCAAACCAAGAUGGUGAGUUCCCAGCUCAAGAAGUCGAACAAUCCUCUUUUUCUGUUCCUGGGUCUCAAACCCAUGAAGAUUCCGUCAAGCAAAUGCAAACUGAAGUUUAUAAUAUUGACGAAAAUGCUAACCAUUCAGUGGCCUGUGAAGAAACAGAAUUAAACCUCCAAGAAACUAGUGGUUACUCUCGGUCAAUAUCCUCUUUGGUAUCGGAUGACGAAGAAUGUUCUCGAGAAAGUGUAAUCAUGAAAUCUGCCUCUAUAAGUGAGUUGGAAAAUGAAUCAAUAGAUGUUGAAGACGUUGUUGUCAAUAAGGAAUUGAGUCAACAAUCGAUUCCUUCAUCGCCAUCUUCAUCUUCAUCAAAUCAUUACCAGAGCCGAGAACAUACAUCUAUUCGCAAUAAACCCAAGACUUUUAACGAUGAUUACGAAACUAAGUCCCCUUCUGCGAUAGCCAAUCUUCCUUGUUCGAUGUGCAAUUCCAAAUUCAGUUCGAAAAAAACCUUAACCGUACACAUUCAAACAAUACACAAUAUUCAAAGGCUUGUUUAUCCAUGUCCCUUUUGUUGUUUAACCUUUAAACAAUUAUUCAACGCAACUAGACAUAUGAUGCAAGUUCAUAGAAAAGGCAAAACCCAAGUUAAAUACCUGCGAGAAGCAGUUAAACAUCGAGCUUAUCCUGAAACUAAAACUGAUGUGAUUGAUGAAAGUGAAACCAUUCAUACCGACUAUAAUGAUGAUACUUAUGGUACUGAAAAUGAAAGCGAUGUUAGCAGGGAUACUGUUGAUAUGGAUCAAGAAAAAGUAGAUUGUUAUCCACUUUCAAAUGAUAUUCUGAAAACGACGCCAUCAGAAUUGGAGCUUGUACCAAUUAAAGUUGGCAAAAGUUCUAAAAGAAAAAGCUGUGAUAAAUCUAGAUCAGAGUACAAAUCAACAACUGAAAUAACAUCCGAUGAAACAAAUGCUUAUAAAAACUUUGGUAGCGAAAAUACCAAUGAUGUGGAAUCAGAUUUGCAACAAACAACAAAUACUACUUCUACUCAUUCAGUAGACAAGGAUGCAAAACCAAUCGUUAACCAAGAAAAAGUCCGUCGAGUUGAUCCCAUCAUAUUCACAUGUAUCAAUAAUUGUGGUAAAUAUUUUAUCAAAGCCGACAGUAAAAAUCAGCAUGAAAAAGGAUGUUCUAAACCUGAUGAAUGUGAAAAGGAAAUUAAUACUGAGCAAAAAAUUAUCUCACCUACAGCGUGUAGAAAUUUAAAUUCAAAUGAGAAUCUAGAUCUAGUUAUACCUGAUUCUAUCUAUAAUGAACUCGAAAAGGUUGGAAACUUGAAUACCCUUCAAUGUAACAAUUGUCCUGAUUUGCAGUUUGAUUCUAAGACUAACCUGAUUGAACAUCUCGUUAAACACAAAGGCUAUGAGAUAUUUAAAUGUAAAAAAUGUGCUUAUCAAACACUCGAUCGAACCGAAUUAAAUAAUCAUUUAAAUAAUACGCAUGGCAACCCAGAAAUAUUGCGAGAAAACUGUACAAUUAAGGUUUCAACACCUAAUAAUAGUAGUUCCUCAGAAUUGACCGUGAAAAAAGACGCUUUCCAACCAUUUAAAGAAGAUUCUCAAGAAGUAAAAAAGCCACAUGAAUCCAAAUCGUCUGAAAAAUCUAUAUCAUCUGGAAUAGUAUUACACUUGCGGCCUAAAUUGAGUCGAAAUCGGAAGAAGAAAAAAAUUUACGAGAUUGUUGGAGAUUGAGGUCAUUAAUUGCGUUAGCAAAUAACGGAAAAUUUGAUAUGAAAAUGCUAUGUAAAGGUUACCUCAGAAUUAUUUAUAUAUUUGUUAUAAUCACAAUUAUUAACUAGUGCAACAAUCUGAAAUCAUGAGGAAAUAAUUAAUAGAUUCUGGUCAAAAGGGCCAAAUGUAAUGAAACCCUCCUUCAAUCCAUGCAUAAGCUUUAUGCAAUAUUUUCUUAACCUGAUGAUAUGUAAAUUAAUUAAGUCACGAUAAUGCCAAAACGGAAUGUAUUUAACAAAUAUUAUAAUGUUAAAAAAAGAUUUUUUGAUUCAA